GAGUCGGAUUCCGAGGAGCAAGGUGAUGCCAGCGACUCUGAAGACGCCUUUGAGCCGAAGCGUAGCGUCAAACCUGCUCGGAAUGUCAAGAAACGCAAGUCGAGCGGUGCAGACGAUGAUUGGCUCGUAGAUGAUGACGCCGUAGAGCAGGAAAGCGAUGCUGUUUCUACGCGGCCAUGGAGAGCGAGGAUGAACCCGUGCCAAGGAAGCGCAACAAUACCAACGCAUCUUCCAGCAAGUCUGCAGCUGCCUCAUCAAGCAAAGGUCCAGGUGUACAGGCAGGCGCGAUGCAGGCCUUUCAGAUGGGUUCAUCGGGCUCUGCGAGCCCCGCAAAUGGUCGUCCGGGCGGUAUGCAAAAGUCUUCGAGCAUGUCGCAUCUGACCAAAGCCGAGCGACGUGUGCUGGAUGAGCGCAAGAAAAAGGCCGAAAAUGAGCAGGCAUACAGCUUCUUGCGAGACCUUCGGGAUAAAGAUGGCAACAGGCCUGGAGACGCAGGGUACGAUCCCAGGACGCUAUUCAUUCCCAAUGGCGCUUGGAAAGACUUUACACCUUUUGAGAAGCAGUUUUGGGAGAUCAAGCAGAAACAUUGGGAUACGGUGCUCUUCUUUCAAAAAGGCAAAUUUUACGAGCUGUACGAGGAGGAUGCCCUUAUUGGACAUCGCGAAUUCGAUCUCAAGCUGACUGAUCGCGUCAAGAUGAAGAUGGUCGGUGUGCCUGAAGGCUCGUUCGAACAGUUCGCAAAUAAGUUUCUGGCUCUCGGUUACAAAGUCGGACGAGUAGACCAAUGCGAGACGGCCGUCGCCAAGGGCAUGCGGGUAGGCGAAAAGUCCCGCGGUGGAGGUAGCGAGAUUGUUCGUCGAGAACUGCGCCACGUCUUGACAGGAGGCACGAUCGUCGACUCUGCCUGCCUUCCGGAUGAUAUGGGGAGCUAUUGUGUAGCCAUCAAAGAGACCGAAGCUGUACCAGGUCAGCCCAUCUUUGGCGUAUGCGUGCUGGACGCCGCCACUGCAGAAUUUAGACUUUCGGAAUUCGAAGAUGACGUCAGCAGGACCAAGCUGGAAACAAUGCUCAGGUCGCUGAGGCUCCGAGAGCUCCUGCACGAGAAGGCCGGGCUGUCUCAGAGGACCUUGCGGAUCUUGCGCAACACCUUGCCAUCCAGCUGCCAAGUAACCAUGCUCAAGAGCGGAACGGAAUUUCUGGACCACGACGCGGCGAUGGAGCGUCUCGAGCAGCUCUUUGGGAGCUCUGCAGACUCUCACGAAGCCUGGCCGGAAGCCAUCACUUCGAUGCUGGACAGGGAUACUGCCAUGUCGGCGCUUGGCGGUAUGCUGUGGUACCUCGAGCAACUCAACUUGGAUCAGGAUCUGUGCUCGAGCAAGAAUUUUGACAUCUUUGACCCGCUCAAGAACAACGGAUGUCUAGUUCUAGAUGCGCAAUCCCUCUCGCAUCUCAAUGUGCUCUCGAACGAGCAGGGCAAUGACGUUGGGACGCUGCACAAGCUUCUCAAUCGAUGCGUCACGCCGUUCGGCAAGCGUCUCUUCAAAAUUUGGCUCGUAGCUCCCCUCUGCGAGCGCAGGGCUCUCGAGGCGAGGCACGAUGCCGUGGAUGACUUUCUCUCUAGCCCAGACUUUCAAGACGUCUUUGACAAGGCUGCGAAAAAGCUGCCGGACAUUGAAAGGAUUAUGCCACGCAUUCAUGCUGGCAAGUGCAAGCCAAUGGACUUUACGAGGGUCUUGACGGCCUUGUCGGAGCUGGAUGGCCUGAUUGAGAGACUGUUGCAAGAAACGCAACACUUUUCCUCCACCACGAUUGGCAGCCUGCUACGCGGUAUCCCUCAAGUCUCGCCCAUCGCGCAACGACUGCAAGACAUGUUUGCGCUCAAGGACGACGGCGCUUUCAUUCCGCGAACUGGAGUGUUCCAAGACUUUGACGAUGCGCAGGACGCAGAGUCUGCCAUUCUCGACCAGCUGGAGCGAGAGCUUGCUCGGGCUGCAAAGACGGUCAAGCUGGAGCGACGCGCCGUGAAAUGGAAGCACGUGGGAACGAACGAGAUCUUUCAGGUGGAGGUGCCAGCCAAAACAGCGGUGCCCAAAGAGUGGUCGAUCGUGUCACAGACCAAAGAUAGCAAGAGGUGGUACCCUCCAGCGGUCCGGCAACUCGUACAGGAGCUAAAGGAGUCGCGCGAGACAUUGCUGGCUUCGCUGAAACUCUUCCACGCUCAGCUCUUUGAAGCUUUUUCGGAAGACACGGCGGUCUUCACCGCUGCAGUCAAGGGAAUCGCCGAGCUGGAUUGUUUGCUGAGUCUGAGCAAAGCGUCGUACGCGCUCGGAUCGCCUGCCUGCAGACCACAAUUCAUCGAUUGCGAGACUGCUUCGGUCGACUUUAAAGAUCUGAGGCAUCCUUGCAUGUCAACCAACACGGGUCUCGACUUUAUUUCGAACGAUGUCGCGCUCGGAGAUCGAUACGAAGAGGUCGUCAUUCUGACGGGAGGUAAUAUGGCCGGCAAGUCCACCACUGCUAGGACUGCCGCCACGGCCGUCAUCCUAGCGCAGCUCGGCUGCCGCGUGCCUGCCUCCUCUGCUGUAAUCUCGCCGGUGGACAGGAUCGCGAGUAGGAUGGGUGCCAAUGACCAGAUCUUCCGCAACAAUAGCACAUUUAUGGUUGAAAUGCUCGAGGCUUCGAGAAUCAUUCGCGAAUGUACACCUCGCUCGCUGGUGAUCAUGGAUGAGCUCGGACGAGGCACUUCCACUUUCGACGGCCACGCUAUUGCUUUUGCAGUCUUGCACCAUCUGGUUGGGAGGACGAGAUGUCUUUCCUUCUUCCUGACGCAUUACACGUCGCUAGCGCACGACUUUGACGCAUAUCCUGGUGUUGCCAACAAGCAUAUGCAAGUCGUGGUGGAUGACGAAAAUCGCGAGGUGGUGUUUACCUAUCGACUCGUUCCCGGCAUCGCAGAAUCGUCUUACGGCACUCAGGUGGCAGCUUUGGCAGGUGUACCGCACACCAUUUGCGAUCGAGCCAUGCAGGUCUCCAAAGAGUUCUCCGAGGCUUCCAAAGCUCUACAAGCACAGCGUACACACUCUCGCAUCUCUGUGGCCACUUUGGCCGACUUUGCGCAUCUCGUGAAGCGCGUCAGCUCAGACGACACCGAGGACUUGUCACGUCAAUUGGGGAUCAUCAAGGCUCAGGCGCGCUCGCUUUCACUCGCUACCGCCUCAUCAUCCGAUCUGCCAAAGCCUUAGCAGAGAAGUCGCUGCCAAGGCCAAUGAUCAGCGCCUGCAUGCACAGGUACCGUCAUCUCCAACCACACCUUUCCAGGCGGGCGGAUGGAGUAGCCCGCAAUCCAACGAGAACCGGCCUUCU